AACGGGGCUCGGUAAGAGUACCGCGGCCCAUCCUGAGGAAUUCACCUGUUGGUUAAUGAAGUCUGAGCCCGAAACCAGAAUGGAGAAAGGGGUAGAUAUGAAGUUUGGAAUAGAGGAUUUAAAGGUCCAGCCCAAUCAGACCGCCUGCUGGGAUGGGGUCCGGAAUUACCAGGCACGGAACUUCAUGAAAGCCAUGAAAGUCGGCCAGCUUGCGUUUUUCUAUCACAGUAACUGCAAGGAGCCCGGCGUCGCUGGUAUCGUCAAGAUUGUAAAGGAAGCCUAUGCAGAUCACACCCAAUUUGAUCCAAAAAAUCCACAUUAUGAUUCUUCCAGCAGCCCAGAAAACCCCAGGUGGUUCAUGGUGGAUGUGCGGUUUGAACGGAUGCUGAAACGUUACAUUCCCCUGGCGGAGCUGAAGCAGAUUCACCAGAAACACAAGACCUCGGGGGGUCCGCUGCAGAACUUGGCUCUCUUCACCAGGGCCAGGCUGUCUGUGCAGCCCCUGACACAAGAGGAAUUUGAUUUCGUCGUAAGCCUAGAAGAUGAAGAUUUAAGCUGACGGCAGACGGCGACGGUUUAUUAACGUAGAAGAUGCUGCGAUUGGUUUUUAUCCGUUAGAGGUCCUGCGGUCUCCGUAAAGUUACUAUUCUGUCCUUUUUGAAAAAAGGUGAGCAGAGGGCUCUGUACAUCUUUUUCUAAAUAAGCAAAAAAUAUAUUUCAAUAAAUU